AUGAAUUUUACAAAACCACCAUUACCGUUCUUUGGAAAUAAGAGUAGAUGUAAAGAUAUUAUAUUGAGAGAACUUAAGAAACUACCGAAUGGUCUAACAUUUGUAGAUUUGUUCGGUGGAAGUUUCUAUAUAUCCCAUUUAUGUCAUACAAUAUUCCCAGACUCAAAGAUUAUAUGCAAUGACUUCGACAACUAUAUGGACCGUCUCAAACAUAUUCCAGACACAAACAAUAUAUUGAAAGAGUUAAAAGAAAAGAUACCUAUAGGUAAGAUGGAACGUAUACCAUUAGAUAAGAAAAAUAUUGUGAGAGAGGUUUUGAAAAAAGCAGAAUAUAUAGACUGGGAUAGUAUAUCUGCUAGACUAUUAUAUAGUGGUUCUAUAAGAGUUCAUGACAUUGAAACACUUAUGUCAAAAGUUUUAUAUCUUAACUAUACAAAUGUUUUCAAAGAGGACAUAUAA